GGCGUUUUCUGUCAUUUCGCCGGAAACUUUUCGCUCGCCACCUUCCUCAAGACGCGAUAUUAUAUUUGAUCACAUUUUCUUGUUAAAAUUAAAGAAAAAUCUGUAAUUUCUUCAUAAUAAACAAAAGUUACAAUGGCGCCAAGAACUGCUAAGGCAAAGAAAGCUGUGGAUGUCAAAGUAGCAGACAGUGAAGCACCAAAAAAAGGGCGCGGGAAAGCUAAAGCAAUUGAAGACCCUGAGCCUGAAGUGCUAGACUCUGAAGUGAGUGAGGAGGUGGCCGCAGCAACAGACAAAAAAUCAAAGCGUGGAAAGAAGGUUGCAAAUGGGCAAGACAAUGACAAAAGUGAGGAUUCAGCCCCACCAGCCAAAAAGGGUAGAAAGAAGGUGGCAGAGGAAACAAACGACGACAAACCUAAUGAUGAUAAUUCAGCUGAUGAAGAGUCUACCCCCAGUGAACAAAAUUUAGAAAACGGUGACAGUUCAGAAGCGAAUGGUGAUGCGAUGGAAGUCCAGAACGGUAAUGCGAAAGGGCGAAAGAAGCCUGCCAAAAAAGAAUCAGCAGCUGAAGUCAAACCUAAGCAAACAGGAAGAGGUAGAAAAAAUGCUAAACCAGCUGAAACUGAAGCUGAUCAGGAAGUUGUAGAUGAAAAGCCAAAAUCAGCAGGCAAAGGUAGAGGGCGUAAGGCUCCAGCCAAGAGCGAACCUGAAUCUCAAGAAAAGUCUGAAGAUAAUGAAGAAGAGCCUAAACCUGAGCCCGCCCCAGCCAAAGGCAGAAAGAAGGCACAACCAAAGGCUGUUAAGGAGAAAACUCCAGAGAGUGAAAAAGAGGAAGUUGAAGCUGAAAACAUGGAAGUAGAAGAUGAACAACCCGAAGAACCUAAAAAGAAAGAGAGCAAAGGUCGGAAAAAUCAGGGAAAGAAAGCACAAGCCAAAGAAGAAUCUGUUGAGAAAGAUGAAGAUAAGGAAGAGCCACCGGCUAAGAAAAGGAAAGGUGCCAAAAAAGAUGAAAAAGCUAAGGGUGACGUAAAAGAAGAGGAAGCCACCGAUGAUGUUGUAGAAGAAAAACCUGCCAAAGGUAAAAGAGGUCAGAAGAAAGUGGCCGAGCCCUCCGCAGAGGCUGACGAGGAACCCCAGGACACCGGGGAGCAGCCAACCAAAAGGCGCCGCAAGCAAGCCGAAGAAAAGGCACCUGCUGCAGACAAAAAGAAGGCUCCAUUAAAAAACAAAGCUGCAACAGAUUAUGAAGAAUUAGACUUUUCCAAUUCUUCACAAAACACACAAGGAAAAGAGUGGAACUUCAAAAUAUCUAGCUGGAACGUGGACGGCAUCAGAGCGUGGAUGAAUAAAGGUGGUUUGGAUUACAUAAAAUACGAGAAACCUGAUAUUCUCUGCUUGCAAGAAGUUAAGUGCGCUCAGGACAAACUUCCGGAAGAAGUUGCGAGUGUGCCGGGCUAUCACGCGUAUUGGCUGUGCAGCGACAAAGAUGGGUACGCAGGUGUAGGCAUAUACACUGCCAAGUUGGCCAUGAAUGUCCAAUACGGGCUGCAGAAUGAGGAGCUCGACAGCGAGGGACGUAUUAUAACUGCAGAGUAUGAACACUUCUACCUGAUCACUACAUACGUCCCCAAUGCUGGAAGAAAACUAGUCACUCUACCGAAAAGACUGCAAUGGAAUGAAGAGUUCCGAAAGUAUGUUAAGGAAUUGGAUAAGAAGAAGCCUGUGAUAAUAUGUGGCGACAUGAAUGUGGCGCAUAAUGAGAUAGAUUUAGCUAACCCCAAGACGAACAGGAAGAAUGCCGGGUUUACUGAUGAAGAGCGCUCCGGGAUGAGCGAGCUCCUCGGGGAUGGAUUCGUGGACACUUACCGCCACCUGAACCCGGACAAAACCGGCGCGUACACAUUUUGGACUUACAUGAUGAACAGCCGAUCCAAAAAUGUUGGAUGGCGUUUGGACUACUUCAUUGUAUCAGAGAGACUAUUGCCGUCGCUGUGCGACAGUGUGAUUAGGGACGGCGUGUACGGCAGCGACCACUGCCCGAUUUCACUGUUCCUGCAUCUAAGCAGCGCUGAUAAACCUAAAUAACGCAUCACAAUUGUAUCACAUAUGAUUUUAAUAAACAGAACGUGUAAAGAAAAA